UUCAUUCUCUAUUAGAACUUUUGAUUGGCUGAUCAAUUGUUCGGCAGAAACAACAUGGCGGCGUCCAUGAGCCGUGGGAUUAUGUAACCAGAGAAAAGAACACAGAAUUUGUUAUUAUAAAGUUCUUGAGAAAAAUUGACAGUUUCAUAGAGAAUCGUCUGAAUGUUUGGCAUGGUAAUCGGUAGAAACUUCUGCAUCAACAGAAUCCCGAAGGAGGCAACACUGACAAGAUGGGCUUGGGUGAAGAGUGGAAAAGUAAAAGCAGCAGCACUAGCUGGUGUAAUGAUUGGAGGAGGAUUAUUCUUAUACAGAGAAUGGGUUAGCUUGGAUCGGGCUGUCCACUACAAAUCAGACGCUGCUAUCCGUGAUCGACCAAACCCUUACAUCUAUGUCACCCCUGCACCCAAUGGAGAAGACCUCGUGACCCAGAUGAGGAGUAAUUUGAAACUGAGAUUAUCCCUCCUGGAACAUUUCCUUGAAGAUAAUCAUCCUGAAGUGCUUUCCAAGCUACCCCUUGAUCGGACGAGUGAGGACCCAUGGCGUCUCUUGAAGAAGGCCCAGUCUGACAACCCUCAACGCCGGCGAGCUGCUGUGGCUAAACUAGCUAAGAAACACCACUGGCAUGAUGCUGAAUACAGAGCUAUCGCCCAAGCCUGUGAUCUGAGAACUCUGAUUGGUCUAGCCAGGUCAGCUGAUGUGGAUAUGCGCUUCUUUCUGGAUCCACCUUCUCUUGAUGAGUCAAAGGAGAACACAGAGGAAGGGUUCAAGCGACUGCUAGGAGCUCUGCCGAGGGACAACAUUGACAGAUGUACCGAAUUCUUCACCUUGAGAGCCGUGGCCGAGAGCAAGGCAGUCCAGGCCAGUGAUCAUAGUGGAACGUUGUGCUUUGGGGGCAACACUCUGUCAUUUGUAACGGGUCUGAGUAAGAUCCCAGAGGAGGCCAGAGAGACUGUAAACCUACAGGCCCUCGUCAGUCACUCUGAGGUACCCACCCACUGUGAAGAGAUAGUAAACCAUGGUGGACUCCAACUCUUAAUGAAGCUGCGAUCCUCCAAGGCAGCAGUCAGCCUCAAGAUUCAGUGUUACAUCGCUCGUAUCCUCGCCAACAUGGCACUAAAUGAACAUCUUCAUGCUAAGAUAGUGCAGGCAGGUUGGGUCAGCGUUCUAGCAUCCUGGAUGAAGUCGGACUGUAUCCCACUGGCGGCUCAGGCUGCGAGGGCGCUAAUCAACAUGGACAGGGACACCUUGACGGAGAAGCUACACGAUGGCAUCUUUCUUCUUCACCCACAAGUCAGAAUGAGGCAAUCUUUGGAAGCAGACGUUGUCUUUGUCCACGGUCUGCUUGGAGGUGCCUUCAAAACGUGGCGCCAGAAGGACCCGGAGGCGAAGACGUCAAAAGGACCCAUUAAGGAGGAGGAAGAGGAGGUUGAAGUCCAUAAUGAUGAGGCGACAGAAUGCUGGCCAAAGACAUGGUUGGCUAAAGACUGCCCCCACAUGCGCAUCAUUACGAUAUCCUAUGACACUCACAUGUCGGAAUGGUCAGCCAAGUGUCCCUUCCAGAGUGAAAAACGCUCCUUGGCAAACCGUUCAGCUGAGAUAGCCAAUAAAUUACAUGAAGCUGGAGUAGGUCAACGACCUAUCAUCUGGGUGUCUCACUCUAUGGGAGGUUUACUGGUGAAGCAAAUGCUACUUGAUGCCUGUGAGAAUCCCGAGCUGGAGAACAUAGCGGAAAAAACUCAUGGUGUUAUUUUCUUCAGCACACCACACCAUGGUUCCUCUCUAGCAGCUGCAUCACAGCAGGCUAAAAUGCUACUUUAUCCAUCUGUAGAAGUCAAGGAAUUAGUCCAAGCUUCCCCAUCUCUAAAGAAUCUUCAUGGUCGCUUCAGAGCCUUUGUGCAGACACGCCAUCUACCGGUGCUGAGCUUUGGAGAAACCAAACCACUAAACAUUGGACUUGGAGUCAAGACAGUCGUGGUGCCCAUUGAGUCUUCACAUCCCGGUUAUGGCGAGUUCCACUCCUUGAAAGUAAACCACCUUGACAUAUGCAAGCCAGCGAGUCCCCGCUCACAACUCUACCACCUCACCUUGAGAUUCAUUAACCACUCAGUGCCGAGGUCGUUGCCCAAUCUGCUGUCGGAGAAGCUCAGAGAAGACAUGGACGCCGAGGACUCGGCCGAGGUCUUCUACCCGCUCGGAAUGAGUUUUGGUGAAUAGAAAAACAACUCCAAAGAAUAUCCUGUAAAUAUAUUAAGUGGGCCUCUCCACAUCAAGCAGACAAUUUUAUAAAUGUUCACAAAAUCUCUUUUCCCCUGUACAUAUUUACAGUUUUCAAAUGAUAGUGAUGCAGCUGUAAAAAAACUAUGAGGCAUUAAAAUACGUAAAUGCCAAUGUUACACAUCUCUAUAUCGGUGGCCAAUUAAAGUUCACAGAUAAAUUAAACUAUAAAUGGCUAGAAGAAAAAUUUUCUUUUCUGCACGGGUAAUUGAAAAGUAAUUGUUUUUUUUCUGAGGUAAACUGCUUACCAAAUGUAUAUACACGUGUACAUGUAUGUGGGGCAAUGCUUGAUUUAAAAUUAUAGUAUUUAUAGCUGUGAAUAAAAUGCCAACUCUGUGCUUUUAUUCCAUCUAUGUUGUUUUACCCUUUCAAGUAAAAACAUUUUGUUUGUAUUCAUCAACUAAGUAUAUUUAUUUAUUUUGAUUAAUAACAUAAAUGAAAAACAAAGGAAAUUUAAUUUAUAAAUUUGUGCGCUUCAUUCAUUUGUUGUUCUUGGUGUCUGAAGCCAUUUUGGAAUCACACUUCCUGUAUGUGUAGUGACCCACUACCUUUA